AAAUGAGAAUAUGUAAAACGUUGCUGUUUUGAAGAAAGAGAUAGGAAAAGAAGAGAAAGUGAUCAGAGUUCAGAGAGCAUGGAGGAAGAAAGCAGAGAGAGCAGGAACACAGCACGGCUGGCAAUAAUGGAGCUGGCCAACAUGAUAAGCGUGCCCAUGUCUCUCAACGCCAUCGUCCGCCUCAACGUCCCGGACGCCAUCUGGGAAGGCGGUUCCAACACCCCACUCUCCGCCGCCCAGAUCCUCGCUCGUGUCCUCCCCUCCGGCGAUCCCGAGAACCUCCAGCGCAUCCUCCGCAUGCUCACCAGCUACGGCGUGUUCCAGGAGCAGGUAACCCACUCUGAGAGAAAGUACUCGCUCACCGAGAUCGGCAAAACGCUCGUCACCGACGCCGAUGGCCUUUCCUACGGGCCCUACGUCCUCCAGCACCACCAGGACGCGCUCAUGGGAGCGUGGCCGCUGGUGCACGAGGCCGUAGUGGACCCAACGUGCGAGCCGUUCGUGAAGGCCAACGGCGAGCCGGCGUACGGGUACUACGGGAAGAGGCCCGAGAUGAACGGCCUGAUGCAGAAGGCCAUGUCGGGAGUAUCCGUUCCGUUCGUGACGGCGCUGUUGGACGGUUACGAUGGGUUCGGAGGAGUGCAAAGACUGGUCGAUGUGGGCGGGAGUGCAGGGGAUUGCCUGCGGAUGAUCCUACGGAAGCAUCCUCACGUUCGUGAAGGGAUCAACUUUGAUUUGCCUGAUGUCGUUGCCAAAGCGCCCCAAAUUCCUCGAGUGACCCACGUUGGUGGCAACAUGUUCGAGUCAAUACCUACUGCCGAUGCUAUCUUCAUGAAGUGGAUCUUGACGACAUGGACAGACGAUGAAGUGAAGUUGAUUAUGGAGAACUGUUACAAGGCACUCCCAGUUGGAGGGAAAAUGAUUGUUUGUGAGCCUGUGCUGCCGGAGAAGACGGAUGAAAGUCACAGGACACGUGCCCUCUUAGAAGGAGACAUCUUUGUGAUGACGAUCUAUAGGGCAAAGGGUAAGCACAGGACUGAAGAAGAAUACCGGCAGCUUGGUCACUUGGCUGGUUUCCCCCAUAUCCAGGCAUUCUACAUUGAUUAUGUCUUUACCGUUUUAGAAUUCCGAAAGUGAAUGCAUCAAGAGAUCUGUGUUACUUACUGUAACCCUUACCAAUAACAUAGCUUCAAAAAAACAAAAAACAGAAAUCAGGGUUACUAGUCUCUUGUAUUACUUUUCUACAAAAACCCUACCAAGCAUCAAUAAAUGUAUCUUGAUAUACUUCUUCCUAA